CACAGUCCACAAACUCACUCAAUCAGAGCAAAUUAAGCAAUUUACAAACCCUAGUUCUCGUAUAUAUUCUUCUUCUUUGCAUCAAUCCUUUGUCUCAAAUUAAAAUCAUGGGAAUUGUCACUACUGAAUGCGAGCAAGUUUGUGCCGUGGCUCCUGCAAGGCUAUACAAAGCCAUGGCCUUCGAUUUUAACAAUGUUAUGCCAAAAGCUAUCCCAAAUUUUGUUAAGAGUGCUGAAAUCAUUGGAGACGGAGGGCCGGGAUCUAUUAAGAAGCUCGUUCUUGUUAACGGAUAUGUGAAUCAAAAGGUGGAUGUGGUGGACGAAGAAAAUUAUGUGUACCACUACACGGUAGAUGAAGGCAGUGUUUUAUCAGAUCUAUUGGAGAAGGUGUGUUAUGAGUAUAAAUUGGUGGCAAGUCUUGAUGGAGGAGGAUGCAUCAUCAAAUCUACAGUCAAAUAUUACACCAAAGACGAUACACAACUCUCAGAAGAGUUUUUGAAGGAUAACAAGGAAAAAUCUGCUGCGUUCACCAAGGCUGUUGUGGAUUAUCUUCUAGCUAAUCCCAAUUACAACUAAAACAUGUUGAUUGUGGUGCUUACGUUAUGUGUUCUCUCAGUUGUCAUGCAUGUAGCUUCAAUUACUAGUAGCUAUUUGUGUGUAUACAUCAUAAUGAAUAAUAUCGAUCAAGACGCUUAUUUGUGACAUGAUAA